AAGGGGGCUAACAACAUAAGACAGACAAGAGAAUCUGCGAGAUCGCAAAAGAAAUCGAGAAAACGCCUUUGUCCGAAUAGAAACCCUAGCGAGCGGAAGGAAGGAAGAGGGAGAAGCAAGAGAGGGCAAGUUUCAAUUGGAUUUGGGAUUAUUCAAUAAACACAGAGGAGAAUGGGGAAGAAGAAGAAGAGAGCCACGGAGAAGGUGUGGUGCUAUUACUGCGACAGAGAGUUCGACGACGAGAAGAUUCUCGUGCAGCACCAGAAAGCCAAACACUUCAAGUGCCAUGUCUGCCACAAGAAGCUCUCCACAGCUAGCGGUAUGGUCAUUCAUGUCCUCCAGGUUCAUAAAGAGAAUGUCACCAAGGUGCCUAAUUCGAAAGAAGGUAGAGAUUCAAUUGAUAUUGAGAUAUAUGGAAUGCAAGGAAUCCCACCUGAUGUCUUGGCUGCUCACUACGGAGAAGAAGAGGAAGAGUCUCCAGCCAAAGUUGCAAAAAUUGAAAUUCCUUCCGUCCCUCUCGGUGCUGCAGUUCCUAGACCAUACGGAAUGGUAUAUCAACCCCAACAAGUGCCUGGUGCUGUGCCUGCGCGACCAAUGUAUUAUCCUGGUCCUCCUCCUAUUCGUCCAGCUGGUCCUGGAUGGCCUAUGCCUCCUCCCCGUCCACAACAAUGGUAUCCACCAGGUUCUGUUCCUCCACCUCCCCAUUUAGGUUAUCGACCACCACAACUCUUUCCUGUUCAUGGUAUGGGGAUGACUAUGCCAUCAUCAUCAUCUCCUGCUCCUCCUGGGAUUCAACCAUCAUCUCCCGCAAUGCCCGUUUCUCAGCCUCUGUUCCCUGUUGUGAAUAGCAUCACUCCUUCUCAAGCUUCACCUUUCUCUGCUCCCCUUCCCGUUGGUGCGUCUCAGCAGCCGCCUAACAACUCAUUUCCAGUGGGUGGAAAUAAUUCACAUUCGUAUGCUUCUGGUCCAAACACUAGUGGUCCUUCAAUCGGUCCACCUCCUGUGAUUGCAAAUAAAGCUCCUAGCUCUCAGCCCAACGAGGUCUAUCUUGUAUGGGAUGAUGAAGCCAUGUCUAUGGAGGAAAGAAGAAUGUCCUUACCGAAGUACAAAGUGCAUGAUGAAACCAGCCAGAUGAACUCGAUAAAUGCAGCGAUAGACAGACGUAUCUCAGAGAGUAGGCUCGCUGGACGGAUGGCGUUUUAGAGUUUUUGGCACCAAAUAUGAGUCGAAGAAACCAUCCAAGAAAGGCGAUGAUGAUAACCCUUUGAUUCACAUUUAGAGAGAGCUGAACUUGUGAUCUGAAUUUUGAGCUAUUCCUAUCGAUCUGUUGUAUUGUUACUUGUUAGGUACCAUUGCAUUAUUUUAGAGAUCUCAGAGAUGUUUUUUUUCUGCAAAUGUUUUUUAAUUUUUUUAUUUAGACUUGGAGGAAGAAGUUGAGGUAGCUUUUUCUUUCUUCUGACUUAUCAGUUAGUAUUAAAAACAUACAGAUUGACCCAUAAA